AUGGACGGGGACUUUUGUCGCAUAGUACAAGAUAGAACAGUUGAAGGUGAGGCGCGUGCAGGCCGCAGCAGCAAGGAGCGAAAACGACCGAAGAGGCAGACGGCCGCCGUUCGUUUCGCAGCAGGUCCAUUCCUCCACUUCCAGCAGACUCUGGGAGUCUUGGACACACUUGAUCUCGUCGCUAUCCCAAAGUCGGUUCAGCCUAGUACAGAAAGACGAGUGUGGGUGGACCGCCAUCUCACCGCGUGUCUCAAACUUGCAGCCCGGGACCCCUGGCUCAUCGGACCCGAAAUGGCACGCACGGUGCACGAAACGGUCUUGGGAGGGGUAGCAGUCCACAGCGGCUGGGUGAGAGGAUGCACCCGGUCAACCAUGUCGGCGGCGGGUGACGGCGAAGAAGCUUGGGGAAUGGUGGUCAAGGCGCCUCUCAGCGAAGGGAGAUCGAUGCGUGGAAGCCUUAUGGAAGACGGCUAG